AUGUUCAAACCUCCAAAGUGGCUUUGGUUUUUAGAUAUUACAAUUGGGAUCACAUUCAUUUCUGGCAUUUCUUCUUUUUUUGUAUGGCGACGUUCUGAGAAUUUUCGAAGAGAAACUUUUUCACGCGUGCCUCUAAUUUCUGAUUAUUUUUAUCACGCAGAAGAUGUAAUUAGUGGACAACUUAAAGGCACUCGUAUGAAACGUAAAGAUUAUAGUAAUUGGUUUCCUGAGCAAGAUAACAGAGAGUGA